GGAAAAAGCUUCAUAGAGCCUGGAGCUUCACCUCUGAUACCGGGCCGACCAAGGAUACAUUUGCAGAGCGGGCGCUGCAAGGCAAAGUUCCAUUACAGAGAAGUUUAACAGAUCGAGGUCAACGCGCGCGUCUCACGCGCUCUAACGUACUACGGCACGAGUUUCACCUUUCGAGAAAACCACUGCCAUCUAUAGAUCAUCUUCAAGAAGAGGAAAUGGAGAAGGGAAAAGUUUUUAACGCAGACGAUGCUUUACAGGAGGACAAUCUCAAGUGUCCGGUCUGCAAGAACUAUUAUGACACACGUGAGCGGAAUCCCCACAUCCUCCACUGCCUGCACAGUACGUGUCACGCGUGCCUCCAGUCACGUGUGCGCGCCGAGAUGAUCCAGUGUCCCGUUUGUAGCGAGGUGCACGAGGUCCCCAACAACGACCUGCAAGUACUUCCGGUCGAUCAUGCGCGGCAGCACCUUGUGAAGUUUUUCAAGGUCCGCAACCGCACUUCGGAGAUCGGCUGCGACAGCUGCGACCCGCGCAACCGGGCGACGCACCGCUGUAAAGAAUGUGACGAGUUCUUGUGCGGGGUCUGCACGGAGGCCCAUAAGCGCACCAAGGUCACAAAGGCGCACAACGUGCUCAACGUUGAUUCGCUCAGGAGACUGACCCUGGACGAGUUCCAUCACAAGCGCACGUGCCCCGUGCCCGACCACGAGGACCAGCACUUCAGCUUCUACUGCUACUCUAAGAACUGCGACCUGCCCAUCUGCUCCCUCUGUGCCGUCAACGAACACAACAAGGCGGACGGUCACGACAUCCGCAACAUCAAUGACGUGUAUUUGGAAAACAAGCGCGUGGUUGAGAGCCUUAUGAUUGACGUAACACACAAGAAAACACUCGCCGAUGAGGCCAUUCAGAGCAUUGAGGAUGAAAUACAAAAUUUAUAUAUCAAGGAAAGUUCUACAGACGAGGAUAUCGACCAAGCAUUCCUAGCCUGCCAGAAGCAGUUGGAGAAGCGCAAGAACGAACUGAAAGAGAAGCUGGCAGCCACGUCCAAGGCCAAGAAGAAGGGCAUGGAGAGUCAGCUAGACAAGCUUAUCAGCGAGAAGAACAGUCUAGACCACGCGGCGAAAUUCUCCUCGAAUGUUUUGGGGUACAGCGACGCCACGGAGUUCCUACAGGUGAAGGACGCGCUGUUCGGCCGCCUGGGGGAGCUGAAGGAGCUGGAGGUGGAUCAGAGGCCGCACAACAAGGCGGACAUCAAGUUCCACAGCCACAAGAUGAUCGACGCCUUCCAGAAAUUCUCCAACAAGAUGGGCGAAGUGUGGUCCACCACUGCUUUCAUUCCGAACACUAAGAUACAGACGUACGACAUCGGACUUGGACGGGAGGAGACAGCCAUGAUGAUCACUCUUCACGACUACGAGAGACGCCCCCUGGCGGAACCCGGGGUUGACAUUAAGGUCGAGGUCACCGGCCCCUUGGGCAAGAAGCAGCGGGCCAACGUUGUUGAUCUCACCGAGUCGGAGGGCGCAUACAAAGUUCUUUUUCAGGGCACAAAACUCGGUGAUCAUCGCGCAAGCGUGUUUAUCUUGGGGCUGCCAGUCAUUGACCCCGGAGUCAUGUUUAAAGUCAGACGACAGACCGACCUGGAAGCAGAUGUUUUGAGGGACUAUGAGCCGACAGCCGAAAAAGAGGGUCCUUUGAGCAAGGUCAAGGCCAAGGUGGAUUCUGGUGUUGGGAAAACAAAGAAACAGACCCCCUCUGCAAGCGAUAUUGGAUCGACAUCUAAUGAACAGAAUGGUUUUAAACCAUUGAAGAUUCACGAAGCUGAGACAAAAAAGGACGAAUUCAUGUUGCCUGGCCUGAAGUACGAUGAUGACGAUGAUGACGGUACAGGUGAAGGGAAAGCUGCUGAAAAGAACAGGACCCGCUCCUAUAGAGUGUUCGGAGAUAUUAUUUGUCCAGAUUUCAUGUUAGACGCCGCCAGUUGCCACCCGCAGAACAUGGUGACCGCUGACAGCCGGACGCUCAAAAACGUCCGAGGCAGAACGGCCAAUCUCGGGACGGCCCUGAAGAACUACCGGGGAGCCAUCGGCACUCGAGCCUUCAGCCAAUCGGGCCGGUUCUACUUCGAGGUGGUUGUGUACUUUUUUAUCAAGCGGCAGCUGCGCAAUGAUCUCAUCUUCGAGGUCGCCAUUGCUCGCAAGUCGGAGAUUGACAAGAAUUACACCGUGGAUGGGUCACCGUACGCAUAUACCGUUUGCGCCCGAAGAUGCCCACUCUGUCGCACGGUUUGCAUCAUGACGUUCCAUAACGGCGUUCGCCUGUACCAUCUUCCUUUGACCGAGAACUCCCCACCCGGCACAACAUUGCGGACCACCAUUGGCUUUCUAGUGGACAUCAAGCAGAAACAAUGGUUCAUCGUGGAUGCCAAGAACCGGCGACUGUUCUACCGCUUCAAGAACAUUGACACCUCAAAACCACUCUGGCCCGUGUUCGGGGCAUACAGCACGGAGUAUGUUAGCGUAUCUUUGGCCCUGAAAACCGGCAAAGACGUACAGGCUGUGCCCGAUAUACCGUCCGAUGUGUAACGAUGUCGUACGAUUUGUUACGAUGCCGUUCGAUGUGUAACGAUGUGUAACGAUGUAGUGCCGAUUUGUAACGAUGUAGUCCCAAUGUGUAACGAUGUAGCGCCGAUGAGUUACGAUGCAGUGGUGUUUAUAAUUAUUUAGUUUAAAGCGCGGACUACUUGUACACCUAAUCACAAGACAAAUAUUCAAAUUCAAACAGAAUAGAUCGUGUAAGAAUUAAUAAAACUAAAUAAAUGCAUCUGGU